CUUUUUUUUCGUUUUUUCUUUUUUUUCCUUCUCUUCAGAGGUUAACCACUGCAUAGCAGUUCUUUAUUGGUAAGGAAGAGUGCACAUGUUGUGGCUGGAGAGUGAUUCACAGACAUGUUGUUUGCUCAGGUGUAGAUGACAGUGCAGCCAUAGAUGCAUGGGAGCUCACUGAGUCAGGGCAAGGCAGCCAGAAAGCCAAAAUUCAGCAGACAUUCAAUGAAAGGCUCAUGAAUGCAAAACUAAAGCAGCAAGUGUUGUCUUCCCAGGACUGCCUUUCCCAUCCUGAUUUUCCUGCAUUGAUGGUUUUCUGGUACCUUAGCUGAUGACCUGCAACCUCUUCCCGCUUGUCCAAUGCAAUCGAAGGGGCCAACCCACCUACUCUUAUUCUUCUAUGAUCUGCAAGUGCCUGCUCUGUAUUUUUCAACUCAGAUGAGAAAUUCAAAGCCGGCUGCCUCCUAAAUCUGGCUUCCAGAACUCCAGAGACUAACUGGCACAGCUGGCUGCAGUGCAAGAGCAGCAGUCUUGCCUUCGCAGCCACAAAGGGAACCUGAUGCCGGCAGCAUGCUGUGCUGGGGUAGCCGGAGAGCCAAAGCUACAGCAGUGGGAGUCACAGGGCACUGGGGGAUCUGCUUUGUGCCACGAUUGCUUUGUGUUGGGCAUGCGUCUAGACUUUAUUUGCUUCAGGCAGAAAGCAAGGAGAGGUCCUGCAUCUCCAUCUGUGUUUGUGAAAUAUCUAGUGUAAGGGAAAUCCUGCUUGGGCUCUCAGCACUGCACAUCAUUUCUUGAACAAGAAAGGGAUAGGGUAGCUGAAUAGCAUUCUCUGAAACUACAGAAACACAAAACUCAAUAGGGAGUUACAAGGAUCUGUUUGGUGCAAAGCAGAAGGAAUGCAUGUUGUGUGUGAAACUUCAAAUAUACCUUCCUAACAUUUUGGGUGGCAUAACCCUAAACUUUGUGGUGGGUUCCUGUGAAACCCUUAUGUCCAGGCUUUCUACCUCCCUGUUGCUACCUUGCUGUCUGUCCUUUGAGCCAGUGGCACAACUUCAUGUUUCAUUAGGCUGUUACCCUCAGAUGAGGCAUCAACCUCUGCAUCUUGUCUGCUGUGGCCACAGCUGGUGAUUUUGCUUCCUAUAGAAGGUUGUAUUUGGUAAUUAAACCUGUACAAUGCACCACUGGUGGUCAUGCCACAUGGCCCCAAGCAGCAUGCCAUCACCAAGGAGGCAGGGCCACAGCUCCAUGAAGGACUCUGAGGAUGGCAUCUCUUUGCUGUGGCCAAGAUGAGGAGGUUUCUGUUGUUCUCUUAUAAAAAUCUGGUGUUUUUCUUAGCAGUGGCUUUAAAAAUCUCUCAUACAUAGCAACUGAUGCAAACAUGUUAGCAGAAGCCAUUUUUAAAUCAGUUUCCUUACCCAGGGGAAAUGUAGUAUAGACAGGGCCUUCAGGAAACGAAUAAUUAGGUGACCUUUUUCCCCCCAGAAUAUCAGGUCUGUUUUAUGUAGAGCUGUUUGAAGUCACACAAAUUCUCAUUACUCUCCAAAUCUCUAACCUUGCCUUGUUUAAGAUACCUUUUAGGAAAUCAAAUCAGUGUUUCAAUCUAAUUUCCAAAGGCAUUCAAACACAUGGUAUGUGUGCUAACUUGUUUCCUCUAGCAUUAACAAAUCUAGCAAAUUGCCAAGCUAUUCGCCUUGAGGAAAACUAUGAUGUUGUACAAGAAGAUAAAGUAUUUUUUUCCUCCAAUUUUAAACAUUAGAAAAAGAAAAGAGGUGAAGUUAUCAGACCACAUUAGUCCAGGAUAUAACUCCUUUGAAGCAAACAGUGUUCCCAAACAGAUUGCCAUGGUUUUUGAUCUGUUCUGGGACUUUUUAGUCAUGCUGUGAUCUUUUUCAGUCACUUGAUGUGGCUGGAUGGUGACUGAGUCCUCUUGGCUCAGACAGACUUUCAUUGAAUUAGUUGCAAUUGAGUAUACCAAAUAUAAGAGUGGAAAAUAGAAGUGGAGAUAAAUAAUUUAAGGUGCUUAUAACCCUCAAAUUUUAAGAAUUUUAUAAUGCUCAUAUUUUAAGGAGAGUACAUGUGUACAUAAGCCAGGCACAAAGGUGCAUGUGGUGCAACAGAAGCAGUGAAUGGCCUGAAACCUCUCCUUUGCCUCUCCUCCCAACACACCAGUCUCCAGGGAAGCAAGUGCUCCGGAACAUUUAAUUUUUCAAGCAGUUGUCAAUAACAGAAGAGUUUCUGCAAUGCUGCUGAGGAGUUUAAUAAGCUCAAAAUUCUUAAACAAAAUGCUUCCUUUUUUUUUUUUUUUUUUUUUUUUUUUUGGUGCAUCCUACAGCUCUGAUACUUUCUUCUGCUUGUCCCAAGAAAAUGAACGUGCCAUUGUCCUUUUGUAUGGAAGGCAGCAAAAGGUUCUUGUUUGAAUUCAUGAUAAAUUUGGUUUCAAAUGCAUGUGGAAGGAAAAUUGCCUAAUGCUUUCAGAAGAUUUUCAUUUUGCUCAAGUGUUCACACCAUGGCCAUCACCAUGGUAUUUGAUAGCUAUCCACUUUGUUGUGUACGUUGCAGCUUUAGCCUCUCACUGAAGGGUCACACUGGCAUAUCUUUUUUUCCUGUAGUCAUACAGAAAUAACAAUUUUUUAUGUAAGUUGCUUUCCUCUACUAUAGUUCCUUCAUUUUGAUGUUUAUCCAGCUAAAGAGUAUCAGAAUUUUUUUGACAUGUAUGGUUAUCAUUUCUGUGAAGGAUCAGUGACCUAGCUUGAUAAAUUUAAAAGUUCAGCAAUAAACCUAAAUAUGUGACAUUUAUUGAAAUUCAUUCUUUUCAAUGGAGCUACUUUCUUUCAAAAAUAUUGAGAAUAGUAAGGGAUUGCAUCUGCAAUUUGAUUAAAUCUACAGUUGUUACCAUUUGCCUUCUGAAAAUUGAUUCCCUCCCCUCCCUGUCCCCCAGCUUGACAUGCUUAUUGAUUAAAAAUUCUCCGCUGGCCUAAGCUAGCAUAUAUUUGUUAGUGUUUGUGUGCUUCCCAUGCAAGUUCAGACAGGCUUUCAACUGUGGAAGCCAACUCUAUUCCUAAACUAUUGGAAAUGGUAAGGUUCCUUAGUAAUUGUUUUAAACUAAAUGAUGACACAUCUUUGAACCCCAUUGUACGAAGGAAAAAUACCUUCUGACUGGAGAGAGGUUUCCUGUUUAUGUAUGUGUUUGCUGGAAUUAAGCCUUCCCCUGUGUGUUGGCUGAGUAUUUUUUUGUAAUCCAAAAUGGCAACAUGGCAAGUCACCUCCACAGUUUAUUUUUUGGACAGGAUACAGGUCUUUUAUUUUCAAAAUAGCAUGGCUCUGGAGUUGAUGAUGAAGCACAGGGGCCUCUCAGUUACACUCCUGCAAGCAGACUCAGUUAAUUGAGGAGGCACACUUAAAAAGACAGCUAGAUUUAGGCAAGAAGUAAUUAAUUUUUAUUGACAAUUUUAUACAAUGUAAGUUGUUCCCUUCCCACACAGGAAGUUUUUGGCUUCAGGCAGAUUUUCUUUCAGCAUAAGGAUAUGAAAUUUGCCAUAUGUAUAAUUUAUUUUAUAAAAUGGCUAGAAUCAUAGCUUUGGUUGUGACUGAAGAGAGUCAUGUAAAUUUUUCUGCUUCUCUUUAAAAAGAGCAGCCCAGCAGGUGGCCUCCAGGUGGUAGCCCAACUGCAGAAGGAUGGCAUGUAAUACCUGAAGGGCUUUCAGCUGUUUGGAUAUGGACAGGUGACCAAAAAAUAAAGCAUAUAUAAUACUCUUGCCUCUUGGUAUCUGGGGUGUGUAGAUUUGUGACCUUGCAGCGUGCCCUUGCACCCUGCAUGCCAUAGCUGAACCUCCUUCAGAGGAGAGAGGUGAUGUCAUGAGACUCAGAAAGGCAUUCUGCCUACAAGAGUAAUAAGACUGGACUACCACGAAUUUAGGCAGUAAAGUUACAGUCAUUUAUGAAAUACAGUGUUAAGGUUUCUGGUUUGCUUCAAAUAAUGCUCAUUUUAAACAACUGUCUGGGACUGGGAGAAACCUGGACUAAUGGACUGAUUACACCGAGCAUUUGUUAGGGCUGAGAGCCACAUGGCCCUGGUGUGGGAUGUCCACACCCAGCCCCAGCUUUGCCACCUGCUACCCCUGCCCACAUCUGGCAGAACAUGCCUUCAGGUGAAUUCCAGUCCCUUUAUCACCCACCACAAACGCUCGGGCUGAAAACAACACGUGUCGGUCUAAGAAAACUGGCUUUUUUUACCUCUUUUUGUGGUUGUGCUACUUUUCUGGUGAGAACCCUGAGCAAGACUGUGGUCUCAUGGUUGUCCUUGGAAGUUUUGCCACUGACUCUUCAUGGACACUGGAUUUAGCUCUGCUUUUGCGUGUGUCUGCACGGUAUUUGAAAAAUAGAUUUUCUCUUCUUUGACUUUAAUAGAAGGUUGAUGUACCUUUUUUGACAUAAAAUUUUUCUCAUUAAUAGUUGUACAAAUUGUUAAUUCCUUCAGGAACUAUUUAUUUUCAUCUAAAUUUUGUGGAAACAAGUACUUUCUGAGCAUGUUUAAUGAGUUACGUGAAAACAAUUAUCAUCUACAGUUAGAAUUCCAAACUUAGUUAUUUAAGGUUUCUUAACUUAAUGUUUCUUUUGUUUCUUUGUUUAUUUUUUAGUUUGUUUGAGCUGGAUGCUGAAACUCACCUUUCUCUUACUUUGUUUUGAAACUGUUCUAGCUAGUGAGAUUUCAAGCUUGAUAGAGGUCCAUUGUGCCAUGUGAAUGCCUAGAAACAUAAUUGUUCUGUCUUUAGCUUUAUCAUAAAUAAGAGUUCUUUUUUGAUUGGUUGACCCAAAAUAAUUCACCAGAAUUUCAGGACCAUCAGAGAAAUUUAUUAAGACAUUGGGGUUUGCCGCUCCCACCCCUACACACCUGUAUCAUGGAUGAUCCUGUGAGGAUAAAAGUAGCAACUUUCCAAGUAAGCCCAGCAUUCCAAGUAGGCCCAGAGAAAAGUCCCAAAUCUGUGGAUUGUCCCAAAGCAUGACUAGAAAAGAAAAAAGUGAAAUAAUUCCACAAGCUUAAUUUGUCUUAGAUAUAUGCUGGCAUAACUCGGGCUUGGAUUGCUCUCUAUCUUCGAGACCGUUAUACAGUCCAAAUGGUAUGAGGAUUUCUCUUAUGGGAAUCCUAUAUUCUUUUAUCUGUUGCUAUUAUAUAUCCUGAUAUCUGUUAUGGGUAUUAUUAUGUAUUUUUUCAUGUGUCUUCCCAUCCAAAUGUAUCAGAUUCUGUUAGGUCUGAGAAAGCAGGAUAAAGCAGAGUGAGGCAGCUUUGCUGAAGACAAUGAGAGGUGUUGGUAGUUGGAUUAACGUCAAAAGUUGAUUAAUUGCUCUCUCCUAAUGUCAUUGAAAAUGUUAAAUGAAUUACUUCAGUUAUAUUCAGUUUUCUUGUCUAUUUCUAGAGCAGGGGUACUAAUUCUACAUGUUAUAUAUUACUGUCCUGUAAAACCUUUCCUAAAACUCUUUAGGUUUAUUGCUUUUGCUCUUUGGAUUAGAGGCCAAUAUUUUUCCUGAGGGAAAAUGUUUCUUGUUAAUACUCAGUAUUCAAUAUCAUUCUUACAAAUGCCCAAAGCUGCAGUAAAAAAAAAUACAAUUGCAAUAUUAAUAAUCUUUUAAAGAGUAGGUAGAAUGCAAACAGUAAUGGGCUCCAGUAAGCAGUGAGCCAAUGUGGAGUUCCCCGUGUGAUAAAGCACUUCUGCAUUAGAGAAAAUAAUCCAAAUUUCACCCUAAAAAUGUAUUUACCACCCAUUCAGAUGAGUGGAAAAUGUUGUUCGUGUUUGAAGAUGCAAUUUAGCUUGCAGUAGAUGAUUGAAAACUGUCUUAACUGUUGUUUAACUCCUCUGAUGAAAGAAAACUUUGAUGAAGGAAAACUUUGAACACUUUGCUGUCGCCUUCCUAUAUAUGUUCAAGGACAGAGUGCUGCAUGGUAAUGAGUUUUAUCACUGUGUGUGUUUGCAGCACUUCCAAAUAGUAAAUGGGGGGGUUCUCCCAGCCAGGAUGUAGGUGCCUUUUGUUAAACUCUAUCACCUUCAGUGGAAACUAUGCAAGAGUUGAAAGCAGAGGACUCAGAUGUGCACUGUGUCUUUAUGCUUUACUUUGAUUUCUUCAUUUCCUAGUAUUUAGGGUUUAUUAAGCCUAUUGCGGUCAGAAUCUGAAAUUCCCAAAUGUCUCUUUUUCCUGGUAUUGCAAACGCUGGCCUUACAAGCAAAUUACCAGAGAACAUGGCAUGGUGGCAACAUUGCACUGUGUCCUUUUCCCCUCUCAGAGGAUUAAAUAGCUCCUUUUCUGGGGAUGUGCUCUCCUGUGACAUUUUCAAGAUCUUGUCAACCCUCCACUGUAAAUUUCCACAAUGGCAAAAUCCCAUUGAAGCUAGCAUGGAAACCUUACUAUAAGUUUUUUAAUUAUCCUAUGAAAUUUAAUAUUCAAUCUGUUUGUGCUUCAGAACUGCAAGAUGUUAAAAUCUCAUUACAUUUUAUCUUCCAUUAAAUCCCAUAGAAUUCAGUUAUUAUUUCUAUCAGAUUCCAUUUGAUUCUUGUCCUUUUUAUCCUGACCUUAUCUAUACAAAAGAGAUGGGUUGCAAGGCAUGUCCAUUUGUGAGAAAAGGGUGAUUCUCUACUUCUCCUGGUGACAUUCAAAAAGACCUAACCAACAAUACCUUUUUUUUUUUCCUUGUUGACUAUGGGAGGCUACAUGAGAGGAGAUGUUCUGAAAGUAGAACAUGCUAAUAGAAGUUGAGAGAGAUGAGAGCCAGGCAGAAGAUUAGAUCUCUGACAAUGAAGCCUUUUACUGCAUAUCCUUCUGGGUUUAUUGUAUUCCUGCUUGCCUUGCUGCAGAGGAGCCAUGGACAAUGCAAAGAAGCAGCUAAAAAAUCAGAGAUGAAUCUUAGUGUAAAAUAUGAUCUUCCUAACUUCAUCGCAGAAACACCAAUUCAGAAUGUAGUUUUAUAUAAGCAUCAUGUUUAUAUUGGAGCAGUCAACAAGAUUUAUGUACUAAAUGAAACUCUUCAGAACAUUUCUGUGUACAAGACUGGGCCUGUUUUGGAGAACCCUGACUGUGCACCAUGUGAAGAUUGCAGAGAUAAAGCCAACUUAUCUAACAGCGUAUGGAAGGAUAAUGUCAACAUGGCACUGCUUUUAGAAACUUAUUAUGAUGAUCAGCUCAUCAGCUGUGGGAGUGUGUCCGGAGGCAUCUGCCACCGUCACAUCAUUCACCCUGACAACCCUGCUGACAUUGAAAGCGAGGUGCACUGCAUGUACUCACCCCAGGUGGAUGCAGAAGCAGAUAACUGUCCUGACUGUGUUGUUAGCACUUUAGGAACCAAAGUUUUGGUGACUGAAAAGGACAGGUUUGUCAACUUCUUUGUUGGAAAUACUGUGACAUCUACAUUUCAGCCUCCCCAUGUGCUGCAUUCAAUAUCGGUUAGAAGAUUAAAAGAAACACAGGAUGGUUUUGAGUUUCUCACAGAUCAAUCUUAUAUAGAUAUCCUCCCUCAGUUCCGUGACUCGUAUCCCAUUAAGUAUGUCCAUGCCUUUGAAAAUGAUCACUUUGUCUAUUUUUUGACUGUACAGAGAGAAACUCUUGACUCACAAUCUUUUCACACUAGAAUUAUCCGCUUCUGCACUUUAGACUCAGAGAUGCGUUCCUACAUGGAAAUGCCUCUUGAGUGCAUUUUUACUGAAAAGAGAAGAAAGAGGUCCAUCCGAAAGGAGGUAUUCAACAUUUUGCAAGCUGCCUACGUAAGCAAGCCUGGCGCAUCUCUAGCACACGAAAUGGGCCUUGGGCUCAACGAUGAUAUCCUUUAUGGUGUUUUUGCACAAAGCAAACCAGACUCUUCUGAACCAACCAACAGAUCUGCUGUCUGUGCCGUCUCUGUGCGAACCAUCAAUGAGUUCUUCAACAAGAUUGUUGACAAGCAGAACAUGAAAUGUCUCCAACACUUUUAUGGGAAAGAGAGCAAAUACUGCUUGAAUAGGGCUUUUUCAAGAAAUGCUUCAUACUGCAGAGCACAAGAUGAUGAAUAUCGCUUAGAAGUUACGACUCCGCUGCAGCGGGUUGACUUGUUCAUGGGCCAGUUCAACAGUGUCCUGUUAACUUCGAUAUCUGUCUUCACCAAAGGGAACCUUACCAUUGCUAAUCUGGGAACUUCAGAGGGCCGCUUCAUGCAGAUAGUGGUUUCCCGUUCAGAACCCACAGCUCCACAUGUCAGCUUUCAGCUAGAUUCCCACCCCAUCUCUCCCCAAGUUGUUGUCAAGAAUUCAUUGACAGAUGAUGGCUAUACCCUGGUAGUGACUGGAAAAAAGAUAACAAAGAUCCCGCUGAAGGGGCCAGGCUGCCGUCACUUCAGGUCCUGCAGCCAGUGCCUGCUGGCACCGGCCUUCAUGCAGUGUGGCUGGUGCAGCCAGCAGUGCCUCAGGUCUUCUGAGUGCCCCAGCAACACCUGGACCCAGGACACCUGCUUGCCUACAGUUUAUGAGAUUCUCCCAAGCAGCGCUCCCAUAGAAGGUGGGACAAAAUUGACACUGUGUGGAUGGGACUUCGGAUUCAGCAAAAAUAAUAGAUUUGAAUUAAAAAAUACAGUAGUCCAUAUUGGAGGACAAAUUUGUCCUCUGGAAGUAAAGUCUAGCAACAAAAAUAGGCUGGAAUGCACAGUUCCUGCUGCAAAACGUCCAGGUUUUAAUAUAUCCAGUAGUGUUUCUGUUGGACGUGGCAAAACACUGUUCGGUACAUUUUCAUACGUGAAUCCUGUAAUAACAAGUAUAUCUCCCACCUAUGGCCCCAAAUCUGGAGGAACAUUGCUGACUGUAGCUGGAAAAUACCUAAACAGUGGGAAAUCCAUGAGGAUUUUUGUUGGUGAGCAACCAUGCACUUUGAAAAGUCCUCCCAGCAUAUCGGCAAGCACUGUGGAGUGCUACACUCCAGCACAGCAAAUUCCCCAGGAAUAUCGUGUGAGAAUGGAAAUCGAUGAGGCUAUUCGAGGCACAAGCAGCCAUUUCACAUACAGAGAAGAUCCUGUUGUUUUAAAAAUUCAUCCAGCCAAAUCUUUUCUUAGUGGUGGAAGUACAAUCACAGCUCAGGGAAUCAACUUGAACUCAGUGUGCUUUCCUCAGAUGGUGAUUACUGUACCUAAACUGGGAAUGAACUUCUCUGUGGCAUGUAGCCAUCGCUCUAGCUCAGAGAUAAUCUGCUGUACAACACCUUCACUGAAAGCUUUCAAUCUCCAACCACCCUUUGUAACCAAAGUGUUCUUUAUUUUUGAUGGUGUCAGCUCCCUGUACUUUGAUUUUGAUUACGUAAAUAAUCCUGUAUUUAAGCAUUUUGAAAAGACAGUGCUCAUCUCAAGAGGCAACCAAAAUGUUCUGGAAAUUAAGGGAAAUUAUAUUGAUUCAGAAGCUGUUAAAGGCGAGGUGCUAAAAGUUGGAAAUAAAAGCUGCGAAAACCUUCUCCUGCAGUCAGAAUCAAUUCUUUGUACAGUUCCCAGCGAUCUCCUGAAAUCCAACAGUGAGCUAAAUAUAGAGUGGAAGCAAGAAGUUUUGUCAACAGUUAUCGGAAAAGUGCUGAUCCAGCAAGAUCAGAAUUUCACGGGACUAAUUGCUGGAAUUCUUUCAACAUUAGUCUUAAUCUUUAUCUUUUUGGUGGUUUUCUUCUGGAGAAGGAAGAAGAAACAAAUUAAAGAUCUGGGAAGCGACCUAGUUCGUUAUGAUGGCAGAGUGCACACUCCUCACCUGGACAGGCUGGUGAGUGCAAGGAGUGUAAGUCCAACAACAGAAAUGGUUUCAAGCGAAUCUGUAGACUACAGAUCAACUUUUCUAGAAGAUCAGUUUCCAAGCAUGUCUCAGAAUGGAUCAUGCAGACCUGCCCAGUAUCCUCACUCUGACCUCUCUCCGAUUCUGUCUAGCGGAGACUCAGAUUUAGCCAGUCCACUUCUCCAAACUAAUGUCCACAUUGACAUCAGUGCCUUAAAUCCUGACCUGGUCAAAGAAGUGCAGCAUGUGGUUAUUGGUGCCGACAGUCUGAUUGUGCACUUCAGCGAAGUAAUAGGAAGAGGACAUUUUGGCUGUGUGUACCAUGGGACAUUGCUGGAUAACGAUAGCAGGAAAAUUCAUUGUGCUGUGAAGUCACUGAAUAGGAUUACAGACCUGGAAGAAGUAGCUCAGUUUCUGAAAGAAGGAAUAAUCAUGAAAGAUUUCACUCAUCCCAAUGUUCUAUCACUCCUGGGAAUCUGUUUGCCCAAUGAAGGAUCCCCAUUAGUUGUUCUUCCAUACAUGAAACAUGGAGAUCUUCGAAACUUCAUUAGGAAUGAGACUCACAAUCCAACAGUAAAAGAUUUAAUUGGAUUUGGCCUUCAGGUCGCAAAAGGAAUGAAAUACCUUGCAAGUAAAAAGUUUGUCCAUAGAGAUUUGGCAGCAAGAAACUGUAUGUUGGAUGAAAAAUUUACUGUCAAGGUUGCUGAUUUUGGUCUUGCUAGAGAUGUCUAUGAUAAAGAAUACUACAGUGUGCACAAUAAAACAGGAGCUAAACUGCCAGUGAAAUGGAUGGCUUUAGAAAGUUUACAAACUCAGAAGUUCACAACAAAGUCAGAUGUGUGGUCCUUUGGUGUAUUGUUAUGGGAACUUAUGACACGAGGGGCACCACCUUAUCCUGAUGUAAAUUCUUUUGAUAUAACUGUUUACUUACUACAAGGAAGAAGGCUGCUGCAACCUGAAUACUGCCCUGAUCCACUGUAUGAAGUCAUGCUGAAGUGCUGGCAUCCGAAACCUGAGAUGCGUCCAGCAUUUUCUGAACUUGUUUCAAAAAUAUCAACAAUCUUCUCCACUUUUAUUGGGGAACACUAUGUUCAUGUCAAUGCUACUUAUGUCAAUGUGAAGUGCAUUGCUCCCUAUCCUUCUCUUUUAUCAUCACAAGACAACACAGACAUGGAUGUUGACACAUGACGGGUAUGUCUGAAAUUGAGGAAAAUCCAUUCUUAGUUGUAUGAACAAAAAGCAAAACAUUUUGUCCACUAGUUUUUACUGCCCAGUCUUUGUGAGAACACUGUUGCACAUGUUUAUGUUGUUGCCCAACUUGCACUAGUACAAGGACACGAUAUCAUAUUGUUUAAGGAUACGGGAUUCCAUAAACUAUCACAGUAAUUUCCAAGUAUUUGGAGAACUGCAUCAAUUUACCAAAUGGAAAUGUGGUGUGCUACCAUCCAGAGCUGGUUCCCACAAACUGUCAUUAAUGUGUGCUCAGACCCAAGAACAAAGAUUCAUCAUUAAUGCCAUGAAAGUAGAAUAUCAAUCAAUAUGCUGGAAGGACUGUUACUGUGCAUGUACUUUAGGAUAACGAGCAGUGCAGAAAUGGUUUUCACACAAAAGGCCAAGAAAAGCAAUGAGAGUUACAAGAGUUUAAAAUGUACUUUCAUCCCACAUGGGACAAACUUUGGAUUUUUCAACUAUAUCAACAAGGUUUCUAAGAACCUAGGCAGCCAAGAUAGCCAGCCUCAUGGUCAGUGUCUUAACAGAAAUCAAAAUCAAGAAAUGUGCAGUAAAAUAAGUAUAGAAAAGUACGAUUGUGUAGGGAGUGGGUGAGGAAGGCCAAGGCAAAACUGGAACUGAACCUGGCAAGGGAUGCAAAGAAUAACAGAAAGGGCUUCUACAGGUACUUUAAUCGGAAAAGUAAGGUUAAAGAAGGUGUUCCCCCUCUGUUAAGCAAUGCUGGUGGACGAGAAGAAGACUGAGGUACUUAACUUUUUUUCCUCAGUCUUCAAUGGCAACCUCUCUUCCCACACCUCUUGAGUGGGUGUAUGACAGGAUGAGGACUGGGAGAGCAAAGCCCCUCCCACUGUAAGCAAAGAUCAGGUUCAUGACUGCCCAGGGAACAUGAAUGUGCACAAGUCUAUGGGACCGGACGAAAUGUAUCCCAGAGUCCUGAAGGAACUGGCUGAUGCAGUUGCCAAGCCACUCUCCAUGAUAUUCAAAAAGUCAUGGCAGUCAGAGGAAGUCCCAGGUGACUGGAAAAAGGGGAACAGUGUACCUAUCUUUAAGAAGAAAACAAAGAACAACCCUGGGAACUACCAACCUGUCAGCCUCACCUCUGUGCCUGGGAAGUCAUGGAACAGGUCCUCCUAGAAGGUACAUGAAUGACAGGGCGGUCCUUCACCAGGACUCAAGAAGCACAGCUUCUCCAAGGGCAAGUGCUGCCUGACCAACCUAGUGGCCUUCUAGGAUGGAGUGGCUACGUCAGUGGACAACGGAAGGGCUACCAGCUAUCAUUUAUCUGGGCUUCUGUAAAGCCUUUGACAUUGUCCCC